AUGGCGUCUCGAGGAUCCUCCCAAGAAGAAUCGAACACAUCGGAGAGAAAAUGGAAGGAUGCUGACUUGAGCCACAAUACUCUUCACGAACCUAAACGAGCUCAAGGUGUCACAGAUAACUCAGGCUUGCCUAUAAAUGGCGGUGUCGAUAAACCCCAACAGAUUGCACUUGGCGCAGAGCAGUAUACUGUAGGUUGGAUAUGCGCUAUUCAUCCCGAGUAUGUUUCCGCGCAGGCUGUUCUUGACAAUACACACGAAGCUCCUGAAUUCCGCCAUGAUCAAGAUAACAACAACUAUACCCUUGGGAGUAUUGGAAAGCAUCAUGUGGUAAUAGCCACCCUCCCCUCAGGCGAGUACGGGCUCGUUUCAGCAGCAUCAGUAGCAAGGGAUAUGCUACGAAGCUUCCCGAAUGUCAAGAUAGGAUUAAUGGUUGGUCUUGGUGGUGGGGCUCCAAGCGAUCGCCAUGAUAUCCGCUUAGGAGAUGUCGUGGUUAGUGUACCAGGUGAAGGUGAAGGUGGUGUGAUGCAGUAUGAUUAUGGGAGGACCAUUCAACACCAAGCCUUUCAACAGAUCUCACAUCUUAACAAGCCUCCUGCCUUUGGAAACGCAAUUGACGAAAUGAUAAACGAUCUACUUCAAAAGGCUCGUCGGCUGCGGAAAUUAUAUAGCCGGCCCGCUCAAAGUACUGACCAACUCUACAACACCUCCGAUACCCAUGCGCAUAAUGAUAUCACCUCCUGCACAGAAGAAUGUGGCGAUCCCAUAUCUCGACCUCAACGCACAGAAGAUGAUGAUAACCCUGCUAUCCACUACGGCUUAAUAGCGUCAGCUAAUCAGUUGAUGAAAGAUGCUAUCACCCGAGAUAAGCUUGCCACCGAAAAGGGCGUUUUAUGCUUUGAGAUGGAAGCUGCGGGACUUAUGAACCACUUUCCCUGCCUCGUGAUCCGCGGUAUCUGCGACUAUUCAGAUACACAUAAAAAUAAGGACUGGCAGGGAUAUGCAGCGUUGGCGGCUGCUAUAUAUGCUCAGCAACUACUUUAUGAAAUACCACCAGCGAAGGUUAGGGCAGAGGGGAGGAUCUCGGACAUGAUACUUAAACUUAAAGAGUGGCUGAACCCACCUGAUUACUCGAUCGAUUACGAGAAGGCGAAAGAGCUCCGGCAUACUAAUACUAACACCUGGAUUCUUGAGGCGGACUUCUUCCAAAGAUGGUCCUCAGUCCGUUCUCAUAUCUACAGUCACGGAACACUUGUUAUCGCAUAA